AUGGCAUUGGACUUCGCCGCGGGCUGCGUUGGAGGUGCUGCUGGUGUUUUGGUUGGACAUCCGUUCGACACCGUUAAGGUGCGGCUUCAGGUUCAAAAUGCGGACAAGCCUCUCUACCGCGGAACAUUACACUGCUUCCAGUCCAUCGUGCGGCAGGAGUCGACACUGGGUUUGUACAAAGGUCUGGGCUCUCCGAUGAUGGGCCUCACCUUCAUCAACGCCAUCGUGUUCGGCGUGCAGGGCAACGCCAUGCGCAAGCUCGGCCGUGACACGCCGCUCAACCAGUUUCUGGCGGGCGCGUCGGCCGGCGCCAUCCAGUGCGUCAUCUGCUGCCCCAUGGAGCUGGCAAAGACUCGCAUGCAGAUGCAAGGCACCGGGGAGAAAAAGUCCAAGAGGAAGAUGUACAAGAACUCUCUGGACUGCCUGUUGAGGAUCUACAACAAAGAAGGUAUUCGGGGGAUCAACCGCGGCAUGGUGACGACACUCCUACGCGAAACGCCGGGAUUCGGCGUCUACUUCCUGGCGUACGACGUGCUGACGCGCCAGCUGGGCUGCGAGCCCGAGGACCCGUACCUCAUCCCCAAGCUGCUGUUCGCCGGCGGCAUGUCCGGCAUCGCUUCUUGGAUCUCCACCUACCCCGUGGACGUCAUUAAGUCCCGACUGCAGGCGGACGGCGUGGGCGGCGUGCAUCGCUACGGCGGAAUCGCCGACUGCGUACGGCAGAGCGUGCGCAAGGAGGGUUGGAGGGUGUUUACGAGGGGCCUCACCUCCACGCUGCUUCGGGCCUUUCCGGUCAACGCCACUACCUUCGCCACCGUGACUCUCUUCCUGUUGUACAUGCGCAAAGACGAAGAGUGCGCCCCCGAACCGCAGGCCGCGCCCAUGCAGCCGCUCCAGCCGCAGGCUCAAGCCACCAGCAUCUGA